UUUAAUGUAGAUGUCUACUGUGUACUUAGAUUGUUAUAAAAACUUAUUUUAGUAUAUCAGACUAGGAUGUAGGCAAAUUUAAUAUAAACAUCCAUCGUAAUGUUUACCUAAAACCUCUCUCACCUAUGUUUUACGGUAAGCCUGCCUUCCUUCACAGGGAGCUGUUCUACAGGAAAAACACAACGUGGGUUCCAGCAAAGAGGUUUUUGUCUAAACAUGACAACCCUGCAGCCUAAACUUAUUCUGUUAUUCAGCGGGAAGCGAAAGUCGGGCAAGGACUAUGUUACUGAUUUAAUCCAAAAAAGACUGGGCCCGGACCUGUGCCGCACUCUCACACUCUCGGGGCCGCUGAAGGAGCGGUACGCGCACGAACGGGGUCUGGACUACGAGCAGCUCCUGGGGGCCGGUCCGUACAAGGAGGAGUACCGGGCUGAUAUGAUCCGGUGGGGCGAGAGCAGGCGGCAGCAGGACCCGGGGGUUUUCUGCCGUCUGGCCGUUUCGGCAGUCACGCGGCCGGUGUGGGUCGUGAGUGACUGUCGGCGGAUGUCCGAUUUGCAGUGGUUCUGGACUGAAUAUCCGCAGCAGUGCGUCAGCGUGCGAGUGGAGGCGUCGGAGCGGACCAGAGCCCUGAGGGGCUGGAGGUUCACCGCAGGAGUAGACGAUGCCGAGUCUGAAUGCGGCCUGGAUCAGGGGGUGGACUUCGACUGGAUCCUGACCAACAACGGAGAUGCCAAUCUCCUUGACCAACAGCUGGAGGGACUACUGUCCUUGAUUAAGGCAAAAACACAGGACUCAAGAGAUGGCAUCCAUCAGAGAGGAGAGUGAGGAUGGACCCCACCUGUGGGGAGCGUGCUGCUGUAACCUGUUCUUCCGGACUACUCGUACCGCCAGGAUUGUAUUUCACUAUCUUGAGAAUCAUCAGCCGUUUCUGUAAUAAACACGCAGGUGGUGUUUACUAAACACUAGGCGGUGUAGCAGGGCACAUGAACAGCAGCUGGGCCUUUUCUGGAGCUUAAUUAGAACCUGUCAAAGUGUUCAUGGAAGAUAAGGCAGGAACAAAGACAUUGUUUUCUAGAAAAUAUUUAACCAACAGCCUGUGGUUAAGAUGACUGUGUGUAUUUGUAAAGAACUCUUACUGGCCAAAAUACUGCUUGUGUAACAAUUUGGGGCCUAUGACUCUUGGUGCUGAAAGUAGACCUUAUGAUCACAUUACCAGUUAGACCUCCCUCCCCCACUGUACCAGUACAAGUGAAACUGGGAAAACCCCAUUCAAGAAGUGAAAUGUGAAUGGUGCUACCCACAACACACAGAGGGUUCACUUCUUCAAAUUCUGCAACUAGUCAUGUAGUAGAAGCUUGCCCAACAGCGCUGAGGUCAGUAGGUAACUCAUUAGACUAGGAAUUCAGUAGCUGAUGGUAAGGUAGGAGAGUAAAAACUAGUCUCUGAAUCAGAUGGUGCUUACUCUGUAAUCUUGAGGUCCCCUUUUCCUCAGCAGACUCGAGCACCCUUCUUACCAGAAGCACCAUGUAUAAAUCAAGUCUGCCACUUGGACCCAAACCUCAUCUGCUAAGUGCAGCAGGGUGAUGACUUCAGCAUGCAACAAAGCCACCUCUCUCAAACACAGGCUCAGACAGCUCGAAAUGAAAUGGGAGGGCGAGUGUUGACAUUUCAGGACUUACUGAAGAACCAGACGCUGUGUCAGCAUGCUGGCGUAUCAGACACCCCUGCCUAUGACUCCAUUUCAGCAUGCGCAGGCCUGUCAUCUUGUAUUACUUUCACGUCAGCCAUUGUGCACAUGAACACAGGAAUUAAGCAUGUGUAGAAUGACAAUUCAUAGACGUUUAGAAAUAAAUCAAAACACUCAGAACAGUUAA